UGUAGUUUCAUAAUGGAGCCAUCAGGGGGAGGGACUUCUGCAAUCACAAAAGCCUGAUGGUGCUGCCCUAAGUGACAGAAAACAACAGAGACUCUAAAGGAGCAGUUUUGUGCCUGAACUGCAGCCAUGAGGAGAGCAAACCGGCUGUAGGAGACGUGGGAACCGAUGCAAUUUUAUGGUCAGCUCGGCGUCUGACAGAAGGGUUGAACUUGUGGAGAAGAAGGCUGGAUAGACGGGCUUUAGUGGUGCACAUCAAGGAGAUAAACUUCAUCAAUGAAGACACCUGGCAUGGCUGUAUUCAAGCAACAUAAUGUGGAUGAUUUCUAUGAAAUUGGAGAAGAACUAGGAAGUGGGCAGUUUGCUAUUGUCAAACGCUGUAUAGAGAAGAGUACAGGCAUCGAAUAUGCAGCCAAGUUCAUCAAGAAGCGCCAGAGUCGGGCCAGCAGACGUGGCGUAAGAAGAGAGGAGAUUGAGAGGGAAGUGGACAUCCUUCAGCAGCUCCAACACAACAACAUUGUAGAGCUGCAUGAUGUGUAUGAGAACCGCACAGACGUGGUGCUCAUCCUCGAACUGGUGUCUGGAGGAGAGCUGUUUGAUUUCUUGGCUCAGAAGGAGUCUCUCAGUGAAGAGGAAGCCACUCGGUUUAUCAAACAGAUCCUAGAUGGAAUCCAGUACCUCCACUCCAAGAGGAUUGCACAUUUUGAUCUGAAGCCUGAAAACAUAAUGCUACUGGACAGGAAUGUUCCUCUACCCCGCAUCAAACUCAUAGACUUUGGACUUGCACACAAAAUAGAAGCUGGGGCAGAUUUCAAAAACAUUUUUGGAACCCCUGAAUUUGUUGCUCCAGAGAUAGUCAACUAUGAGCAACUGGGAUUGGAGGCAGACAUGUGGAGCAUUGGAGUCAUCACAUAUAUACUUUUGAGUGGCGCGUCACCUUUCCUCGGGGACACGAAGCAGGAAACGCUGGGAAACAUCUCGGGGGUGAACUACGAGUUUGACGAAGAGCUCUUUAGCAAUACAAGCGAGCUGGCCAAGAGCUUCAUUAGUCAGCUCCUGGAGAAGGACACAAGAAAACGGAUGACCAUACAAGACGCCCUCAACCAUCACUGGAUUACGUCCUGUGGCCACAUGGAAGAGGAUAGCGCUGCCCGUGAGGCUGAGAAGAAAGCAGAGCAGCUGAAGACGAAGCGUCUAAAGGAGUACACCAUCCAGUCCCACUCCAGCAUGCCCCAGAACAACACGUAUGCCAACUUUGAGCGUUUUGCCCAUGUAGUGGAGGACGUCGGUCUGAUGGAGACGGGUCUGUCAGAGGUGGCAGAGGCCCGACACACUCUGCAGGUUGAUAUAGAAGCACUGCUCUCCAUCUACAAUGACAAGGAGGCCUGGUACAAAGAGGAGAGUGAGACUGCGAGGAAGCAGCUGUCCCAGGUCCGGUACGAGUUCCGCAAAGUUGAGGCCACGAGGAGGCUGCUGCAGGAGGACAUUAAGUCUAUAGAUGCCAGUCUGGAGAGCAUCAGUGGGAAGUACAGCCAGAGGCAGAGUCAGCUGGACGCUCUGAGGCAGGAGCUGAACUCUGAGCUGCAGUGGCUGCAGGACGUGAUGAACUCUCUGCAUCCAGAAGGAGCCAACGGCAGCAUGCACAGCAGCAGUCUGAAUACAGACGUAAGGCAGGCUCUGAAGGAGCUGCUGCAUCCGGCCUGCAGGAUGGAACUGUGCCCCAAGGCCAAACAGCCACUCACAGAGUCUGGCUAACAUAUACAAAUGAAAACAUAUUUUAAUUUAUCUUAAAAUUUCAACGUGUUUUCGAAAAUGAGGCUGUUUGAAUUCUACACAUUUCUACACGUUUGUUUUCAGCAGCACAAACCUUUGAAUGUGUAUCUGUGUAGUUUUUACUUUUUCUUUACUUAAAAUGUUCUUGUGUGAAUUAAAGUAAACAGUAAGAAUUGGAAUUUGAGGAAUAAUUUGAGGAAAUAUAUCUGUACGGUAAAUAUAAAGCUACAGGUAGGAGACGGUUAGCUUUGCUUAGCAUGAAGACUGGGGGCCUGGCCCUAUCCGAAGGUAACAAAAUAUUUGCCUAUCAGCACCUCUAAAGCUCACUGUUACAUGUUGUUUAAAACCGAUCU